AUGAUUCGUUCAAACCAGGAUAAGGGCGCCGUUGGAGUUGAGAUCAAGCCCAAGGGGAUCUUGAGCUCUAAGAGCAGCCGGACGGAGUCAAGAACGGGUUCCGAGAAGGAUGUCCAAUCCAGCUCAACCGGUGGCCGACCUCGACUAUCCAGCAACCAGAGCAGCGCCAGUAGCACCACGUACAGCGACUUCCCCCUGCCGACCCAGGUUCAGAAGCCUGCUUUCCAGCCCGAAGGCCAACGGUUUCUCAGCGCCAAAGACCGCUACCGCGACAUGAGCAAGUGCCUCGAUGACGUGGAGAAAACCAUCUACAACUGCGUCAGCCAGAAGGGCAGUUCCUUCAAGACGGACGCUGACCUUGCCGAUUACAUUAAGUACAGACUCAAUGAGCUGUAUGGGCCAAACUGGCAUUGCAUCAUCGGCAAAAACUUCGGCUAGUAAGUACACAUCUUAACUUUUUGCCAUGGCAAUAAAGCAGAGGAGUGAGAAGCGGGAUUGGAGAGUUGUUAGAUUUUCGCUGCCGACACCUUCACGUUGUAAAUCUGAGCCAGAAGGUACGGUAAUAAGCCUCAUCUCCCAACCUACAUUUGGAGUUCAGAGACGUGCGGCAUGGAUAAACCUGAGUGCAGGUAAUGUCAAAUGGUCCUGUCUCAUGAAUUGGUCAUUUGGGGAAGACGAAGACAGUCUGCCCAGUGCGGGCAUCAGUCGAAGAUACUGUUCAACUAUUUAUCUAGACAGUAUGCCAUUACUGACAAAGAUAAGGGAGACUGGAAUGGCCAUUUCUGGCUUAUUAGCCGUCGUCAGCCAGUCAUACCCAACCCCGAAAUGUGCAGCACCCUUGAGGCUCGAACUCGCGACCUAUUAGUUAGAAGUCGACGUCUCUGGGUCACGAGCCCGCUGUCCUGUCGGUUUAUCUAGAAUAAUGAACUCUUGCAUGAGGCCGGAAGCUCAGGUCACCGUAUAUUACAUUCAGGUGGCCGAAAGACCUUCCCUGCUUAUUUCCUGUCGAGACCCUUCUCUCCGAAGGGUUUCGUCUAUUAGGUCUCUCGGACAGCAGUCGCAUUGGCUACCAGCACGAAGGGGCUGUAGCUUGCUAAAUUCUUCCCAUAAAAUCGGUUAUACUACUUAAUUGCGGUUACUUCUUUUAGCUCUAUCUCCCACGAGGAAGGCCUUUACUUCAGCGAGCUCAUAAACGGACGUCAGGUGGCUGCAUUCAAAAGCGGCUAG